AUGGAUGAGCCUGCAAGACAAGUAAUAGCUCUGAUCGGGCUGGGCACCAUUGGAAUUUCCUUUGCAGCCCUGCACCUCAAGCAUUCUGACGCCUUGCUCCGCGUGUACGACCCACGACCUGACCUCAAGCAACAUGUUGCAUCGAUGCUUCCGGUAUACCUUGAAUCCACCGACCCUUCUCUGUCAGUGGAUUCGUUGAUCUCCGGCGGCCGGUUUGUACUCUGUUCUACUUUGGCCGAGGCGUGUACAGGAGCCUCGAUUGUCCAAGAGCAAGGUCCUGAAAACCUGCAAGUGAAGGCGUCGACGUGGUCUGAAGUUUUGCGUCACGUAUCCCCCACUGCUCAUCUAUGGAGUUCGACAUCAGGAGUACCCGCUUCUCAACAAGUGCAGGAAUUAAAGGACAAGACAAGACUUUUAGUUGUCCAUCCUUUCAACCCACCGCACGUCAUGCCCCUCGUAGAGAUUGUGCCAUCUCCGGAGACAGAUCCAGGGGAAGUGCAAUUUGCAAAGAGAUAUUUCGAGGCCUUGAAAUCUGGUCACCGUCCUGUGGUGGUACGCAAAGAGGCCUCCGGCUUUGUCGCCAAUCGUUUGGCUUUUAUUCUAUUCCGAGAGGCAUGUUCUCUAGUCGCCGAUGACAUCGUCAGUGUCCAAGACUUGGACACCAUUGUGGAGGCGAGCCUUGGACCACGUUGGGCCGUCGCAGGACCAUUCAAGUCAUACAGUUAUGGUGGGGGGACCGGAGGGCUUCCUGCAUUUCUCAGGAACCUUUCUGGGACCAUGGAGGAGGUCUGGCAGAGUGCGGGCACGGUCAGUUUUGAACGGACAGAAUUUGACCCCACAAACAUCAAAUCAGACGGGGCAACUGUUAUCGACGACAACGACACACCACAUGACCAGUCUGGUAUAUGGACGCACAAGGUCAUUCAACAAACACUGGAAGGAUAUGGUUUUCCCGAUUCGCGUAUAUUGGCGUCACGCGAUGCUGCCCUCCGGCGGGUGCUACAGGCAGCAGAACCCCAUAACGCCUGA